AACUUUCUACCCAUCAUGGGGGAAAAUACGUUUCAGAAUAUAUCCAAUUUGUACCUUAAGAAACUUGUUUUGAGAAAUAACCACAUUCGUCAGGUAUAUAAACCUACUUUUCAAGCACUACCUCGCCUACAGUAUGUCGAUCUCAGUGGUAACGUGAUACACACAAAAUAUCUUAAAAAGGCUUUGUUCGGAUUUAGAAACAGCACACUGCAAGAACUUUAUCUAACUAAGUUACACAUAUCGAAUUUAGCAGAUGACUUUUUCUUACACCUGACAACUAUACAGCGGAUUUUCUUAGAUGACAACGUGCUCUUCAAUUUUAGCGGGAACUUGUUUUCAUUGCCUCAACAGAUACAACUGAUUUCAUUGAAAAACAAUGACAUUUCAUUUGUAGAAUUCAAUGUAGAGAUGCCAAACUUGAAAGUUCUUAUUUUGAAGAGUAAUCAAUUGAGGGAAGUCCCAGAAUUUUGUCACAAACGGCAGCCAAUUUUUCCAAAACUUAAAGUGCUUGAUCUGAGCGAUAACCUAAUACCUGUUGUAUACAGUAAGAAUUUCCAGACGAAAUGUCUUCCAAGUCUUCAAAAGUUGUCUCUCGGAUAUAACAAACUUAAAACAGUACCAAAAAACCUGAUACGUGGUUUACCAAGACUUGAGUACCUAUCAAUAGAAAGCCGUGAUCCUGAUGUGACAUUUAAUGAAUAUUCCUUUAAUAGUUCCUCUUUGACCUACCUGUAUAUGGCUAAUAGAAUAAGUAUUCGCACUUGGAGUGGAAAUUUCUUUCAACAUUCUCCAAACUUGAAAAUAUUGGAUAUGACUGGAAUACAGCUUAACUCCUCCACUCACCCGGAAAGGAAAAUAUUUUUGCUUUUCCGGCCUCUCAAAAAGCUUGAAAAAUUGAUUUUAACAAAAACUUCUCUGUCAACGUUUCCAAAAUCCCUCUUUUCUUUGAUGUCAAAUUUAACGGAACUCGAUUUGCAGCACUGUUAUUUCAAUCAAUUGCACUUACAACUAUUUGCAUCAGUGUCGUUAAGAACCCUUCUGUUAGACAACAAUCUGAUAACAACCUUAAACAAGACAAACCUUCCUUCCCUUGUUGAAAACAUCGGACUUAGAGGCAAUCCUUUCUUGUGUACAUGUGAUCUCAUUUGGUUUCGCAGAUGGAUCCAAACCAAUUCUAGUAAACUAUUAGGCUGGCCGAAUGAUUACACGUGUAAUCUUCCACAGGAGUGGAUAGGAAAGAAUCUUGCAGAUUUUCAAUUAAGUUACUCAUUUUGUCAUCCACUGAAUCCCUAUAUCGUUGUUGCCAUUUCCACGUCGUUUGCGGUGCUUGUAAUUGUAAUAGUGUCCUUUGUAUUAUACCAAAAACGCUGGCAUAUCAAAUAUUAUUUGUACCUUUUACGCGCCAAAAGACGAGGGUUUGAAAUUCUAGGGGGAGAUGAAUAUGCAUAUGACGUGUUUGUUGCUUACAAUUCGGAAGAUAGGGUUUGGGUUAUUUCGGAACUAAUUCCUAAACUAGAAAAAGAAGAAAAAUUGAAACUCUGUUUACACGACAGAGAUUUUCAAGUUGGCAAACUUAUCGUAGACAAUAUCACUGAUACUAUGCAUAGAAGCCGAAAAGUUCUAAUCAUUCUCUCUAACAGCUUUGCACAGAGUCAUUGGUGUCUAUUUGAAACCAUGUUGGCUCAAGUACGGUCGAUAAAUAAUGGAAAGGAGACUGUCAUUGUAGUUAUUCUAGAGAAUAUCCUAUCAAAACACAUGACUAAUUCUUUACAUGUUCUUCUGAAAACCAUCACCUUCAUAGAGUGGACCAACGAAAAAUCAGGGAAGGAAAUGUUUUGGAACAGACUAGUGGCCGCCAUUAGGACUUAA